AUGGUCAACCCUCACUUUCUUGUAGUCGGCCUCGGCAACAUCACUUUUCCAACAACGAGGCAUAGUCUCGGUCACUUCAUGAUUGACGUACUAGCGAAUCGACUUGGUGCACACUUGUCGUCCGAGCGCUCUGGCUGGGCAGCGACCACGAGCGUGGAUAUCAGACAAGCAGUGACACUCACCUUCUUCAAGCCAAGAGCUCUGAUGAACAUUUCUGGGCGGCCAGUCGUUGACAUGUUACGCAAGACUGCGAUCAACCCCGCCAGCCUGAUCGUCAUCCACGACUCCCUCGAUCACAAGCCAUGCGUGGUCUCCCCCAAGUUCGGCGGCUCCGCAAACGGCCACAACGGCGUACGUAGCAUCGUCGCUGCCCUGGGCAACAAUCCCGACUUCCACCGCCUACGGUUGGGCAUAGGACGCGGCAGGCUGAGUGGGGCCGAUAUAACGGACUACGUCCUCGGUCCGCUGUCCGCUCAGGAACGCGAAUUUUGGAGCGCGAAUGGCCCAGGGCCGGACGUCGUGUGGAGGGAGCUGGCGAGGAUCGUAGAGAAGACCGUUGCGGCAGCGCGGUGA